CCAUUAUCUCUUUAUAGUAAAAAUCCCUCAGCCGCCGACUUUUCUCUUCUCAGUUUACCACCGGUUGAAGAGAGCUGCCGCCACAGAAAUUCAGAGCCGUUUCUCUCUUCUCUCUCCCAAUGGAACAAUUAUUUGACACCGCAGAGAAAAAGGUCCUUAUUGAAAUGGUGAAGUUGGCCCAAAAACAAGGACUGAAGGGUACUAAAGGAGAUUGGAAGGAAUUCUUAAGAGUUCAUGAUAGGAAGCUUGGGAGUAGCUUGAGUGAUCCUACCAGGAGGUCCAAUGAUGUUUUGGCUGCUUUUCUUAAGACUUUUGUUGAAGAAAAUCAUCUCAAGUUUUUUGCUAAAGUAAUGCAAUGCCAUUUAAAGCGUGACGUAGUGGGGCAAUUUACAAACAUAUCUCCAGAUAAUGAAAUACCUGAGCAGAGACUGGUUCGUUUAACUCUUGAACACCCUCAGUACCUGCUGGAUUAUUCGUUCCCAUCAAAUGAUGAGGGAUGGGUGAUUACAAAGCUUCGUAAAAAAUCCAAGGUUAUGAGAUCAAAUGCAAUGGUUGCUGUUGACUGUGAGAUGGCUCUCUGUGAAGAUGGCACUGAAGCUUUAGUGAAAGUUUGUGCUGUGGAUCGCAAUUUGCAGGUGAAACUUGAUGAACUUGUAAACCCAAGUAAAGUCAUUGCAGAUUAUAGAACUGAUAUAACUGGGGUUAGUGCAAGAGAUUUGGAAGGAGUUACUUGUUCAUUGGCAGAUGUACAGAAAUCCCUGAAGAAGCUGUUAUCAAAGGGAGCAAUUUUAGUAGGCCACAGUUUAAACAAUGACCUGAAAGCACUAAAGUUAGAUCAUGCAAGAGUAAUUGAUACCUCACUUAUCUUUAUGUGUUUGGAUGGACCUAUCAAUAGAAGACCAUCUCUGAAUAAUUUGUGCAAGUCUGUAUUGGGCUAUGAAAUUCGAAAGAAGGGUGCUCCACACAAUUGUUUAGAUGAUGCAUCUGCUGCAAUGAAACUUGUUCUUGCUAAGAUAGAGAGUGGUGUUGAUAAUGCUAUUCCCUUGGUUCAAGAGGAUGUACCUAAUUCUGAAAUGGCUAAGCUAUUUCUCCACAGAAUACCAAAAAAUGUGCCUGCUGAAGAAUUACAUAAAGUCAUUCCUGGGGACUUUACAAUUGAGCUCAAGCCAUCUAAAAAGAUGCAAGAAGAUAAAUCUUCUUUGUUUCUCAUCUUUAAGAACUCACAAGAGGCACAUCAAGCAUAUGAAAAAGUCAAAGGCAGCCAAGAAAAGGAUUCGUGGGGACGGCCACAGAAACUUGUCAAACAUGAGCUCACAACAGGUAUAUUAGUUAGUUUUUAUGUCCGAAAAAUGGCAAAUGAUGAUUCCCAUGGCCAAAUAUCAUCCAAGAGAGCUUUCCAAGAUGAGGAAAUCUCAGGUGCAUCCAAGAAACUGAAGACCAAUCAAAAGAUUGAAGAGGACUCUUCAAAUCAGUGUUGUGAUCACUCGGAAGAGAGAGAAGGAUUGAAGCAAGAGCUGAGCAAAGGGGAGGUGGCAUAUUCAGAUCACUGUUGUGAUCAUCUGAAAGAGAUUGAAAGGUUGAAGCAAGAAUUGAGCAAAAAGGAUUUUCAAAUCAUUACUCAGGACAAAAUGAUAGGUGAUCUUAAAAAGAAACUGAACUCUAAACAUGUUAAACGUCACUAAAAAAAAUUGUUGGGUACGAUUUGUUAGUUGAGGCGUGCAGUGAAGACAUCAACAGGCCACUUAUUUCUGCAGACGUCUGUGGAAUUUGAUUUAUAUUGAGGAAUGAGCAAAGCAAAUAGAUAUUUAUGAGGUGUUUAUAUCUCCCAAAUAUAUUUGAUUUAAGUUUGUUUUGUUUUA